AUUUUUGAUAGAUGUUCGCUUUCAUCGCGAAAGCAAAUCGCAAUCUGUUUGUAUUUUGCAAUCACUUUUUGUGUGCAGUGCGAGUAUGAAUAAAAUUAUAGUAUAAAUAACCUCACAGACGUUAGCAGGUGCCAAAUAAUGUGCAGCGACGUAACCUUAAUACCAUUGCACUAGAUAGGAGUGCAAAUUGUUUUGUUUUAAAGUUCAUUUAGAUCAAAAUGGAUAUUCUGGAAAAGAUUUACCGGAACAUCCGACAGCAAAUUGCCAAUUUGCCGGGUGCGGUUCCGAAAACAGUUGAUAUUCUCAACAAAUCAGUUGGAAAUGUGAGAUUGCCGCCGUUUACAAAGGAUAAUGUGUUGUACUAUUAUUUACCACUGCAAGGUCUGGUUAGUUACACAACUCUGUCAGUAAGUGUAAUGAAUCCUCAUCUUAUGGUCAGAUUGUUUCCUCACAGAGAUGUAACGGAUGUUUUAUUUUUGACUGCGGGUGGUGGUGCUGGUCUAUGGCUGUGGGCCAGACCACAUAUGGCUGCGGCGGCUCCAGCAAGGAGGUUUUCUUGGGCAUUUCUGGGAGGUUGUUUGUGGCCACUGGGAUCAAUUUUCUUAUGGGCCAUUUUGAGAAGUUCAGUUGGUCAAAGGCCUGUUAUUGGCACAGUAUUAGGAGUUACUACAGGAGCAAUGCUUACUAAUAUUGCUCUAGAUUAUUUCCAUUAUGUAGAACUUAUGUUCUGCGGGGAAGUGCAACUUCCUGAUGAGACAUAUAGUCCCAACAGUGAUGAUGAGAAAUAUGAUAUUGAUAUAUAAAUGUAUCUCGUGUUAAAACUUGAUUGCUUUUAUGGUUGUAUAAUUAAUUAAAUAUGUACAGGUGGCUAUUUACUUUUAUGCAUAUUUGGUAGUGGAUAAGUCUUACUAUGUUAUGUUGAUGCACCUUCUAGCAUGUUGAUGUUGUCUUCAAAGUCUGUCUAGUCUCUCACUAAGUGCUUUGAAUAAAAAUUUAAUAAACUUAA